AUGUUGGGCGAUAAGAACCAGAGUGUUUUACCGGUGGCAUUUUCUCUGAUGGCCAGUUUCGUAACGGCGAUCUCGAUGUUCGGUUUGAGCUCGGAAGUGUAUACUCGUGGUACCCAGUUUUCUGUCAUAAUCAUAUCCUAUGUAAUCGCCACUCCCAUCAUUGGUUACUUAUAUCUGCCGGUUUUCUUCAAACUCGGCAACCUGUCUCUGUACGAGUACUUGGAAGUGCGAUUUGGACGUUUAACACGAGUGACUACGUCAUUAGCGUUCAGUAUUCAAAUGAUAUUUUACAUGGCGAUCGUAUUGUACGUCCCAGCACUGACUUUAGAAGCUGUGACCGGAUUACCUCAGUCGGCUUCCAUUGUACUUGUGGGGUUGGUGUGUGUGUUCUAUUCUACGAUGGGUGGAAUAAAAGCAGUGAUCGUAACGGAUUUAUUACAAGCCCUUCUCAUGUACGCAUCGGUGAUUGCGGUUGUUGGGGUAGCUUGGUAUGAAACCGGUGGCCUGUCUGAAAUUUUGGAAAUUUCCAACAGAUAUGGUCGUAUUAAUUUUGGAAAUUUCAGUAUCGAUCCGACAGUAAGGCACAGUUGGUUUAGUAUACUAAUCGGAGGGUGUUUCACUCAAAUUUCUUUGUACGCUGUAAACCAAACACAAAUACAGAGGUUUUUAACCAUGAAAGACUAUAAGACUGCCAUUACCGCACUGUGGUGCAGCUUACCACUAGUGAUGGUAAUAUCACUAAUAACAAGUUUGUCUGGUCUAGCGAUGUUUUCAAAAUAUUACAACUGCGAUCCUAUAAAGUCUGGUCGUAUAUCGAGCAGUGAUCAAUUGAUGCCGUUGUACGUGCUGGACACUAUGGGAUCUAUACCUGGCUUAACCGGAUUAUUCAUAGCCGGAAUAUUUUCAUCGGCAAUGAGCUCCGUAUCGCCAAUCCUCAAUUCAUUGGCAGCAAUUACGAUGGAAGAUUACAUUAAGCCAUUUAAAAAACAAGAAAUAUCGGAUAAAAAACGAGUUUAUCUCAUGAAAAUUUUAGUCCUCGUGUACGGUAGUGUUUGCAUUAUAUUAUCGUUUCUGGCGAAAUAUAUGGGCGCUGUGCUUCAAACUGCGUUGACCAUAUUCGGAGUAAUCGGCGGACCCGUGUUGGCCGUGUUUACAUUGGGUAUACUCUUACCCUACAUCAACCAAAAAGGUGCACUGACCGGCUUAAUAUUUGGCCUGACUUUUUCGUUUAUCAUUGGAUUUGGUGGGCCUAAACCUCCAGUUGAAAAUCUACCGUCGUACACAAAUUCGUGUACAAUAUUUAAUACCUCUGCAAGUUCUACCCAGCUUCCAUCAUCAUAUUAUAAAGGAGUACUUCACGAAGACGGCUAUGUAUAUUUGUAUCGAAUCAGUUACCUGUACUACGUUGUGUUGGGAUUUUUGGUGACAUUUGUAGUGGCAAUGAUAGGGAGCGCAAUAUUCCGUGGAAAAAAACGUGACCAUAAUCCGGAUCUAUUCACCCCCUAUGUGGCGAACCGAUUGAAAAGACGUGGCAGAGAUAAUGAACAAAGCUAA